UCGUUAUGCUUUCAGGAACAACCCACCUUCCUCCGCUUCCAUGAAUAGAGAAAAGAUUGGGAGCAGCGGGAGAAGUAUGGUGCAACAGAUGUGAAAGGGUGAAUGGAAACAAACCUCUGCUCCAUCUCUCAGAAAUAAAUUUCAUUUUGCAUGUGACGUCAGUUCCUGGAGAGUGUCCAUCAGACGUGGCUUCUGGAUGUCAGGUGCAUGGUUUCCCUCUAUUGUCGGUGUUGUAAAGUUUUAUGACAUUGAAUUCAUUGGGGUAUAAGGUUCACUAAUCCUUGGCUCCACGCUUCUGUUUCCUGGACAUGUUCGAAGUGGCGGUUUAAAGAUGAGCGAAAAUAAAAAAGGUUUGAACUGAUAUCAACCAGAGUACACGUACUAACACAUCUCUCAAGUAAUACAAUGUGUACACUGGGAGAGUCCAAGUCAGUGGGAUUUUGCCUCGGCGCUCCCCUCACUGGUGACUGGAAGCACCCUUUGUCGGACGGACCCGAAGCCACGCUCACCAACUCAGCUCCCCUGCCGUUUCUCUAUAUCCGCAGGUCAAAGGGAUUUUAUGUUGAAGCUGCACACCCCACCUCACAGUAGACAUGACGAAGGCAAACAAGGAUGAUAUUUAUGCAUAUGCGCUGUCUAAGACUCUGACAGAAGUUUCAUCGCCUGCUACUGUAGGACUCUACUCCUCAUGUCAGAAUCGAAUUUGCAGGAUCCUCGGACAAAUGGCAGUGUACAUGAAGCAAGAAGCGUUGAAUAUUGAGUGGAAAUAUAAGGGACGUUACAAGCCGCGCUCAGUUGCACCUUCGCUUGGGGGCCUUGUAGCGCUCAUUGGUCGAAUGCUCUUCUACCGGCCCAUUUGGACAAAGGAGAACCAGCAGCACCACAACAUCAGGUUCAUCGAUGUGCAUUUUAGUGCCUGGCAUUUUGCAGGCAGUGACCUGCUUUGGGCUGGGCUAGCCAUGCGGCUGUUUCAGGCCAUGCAGGUGAACUUUGGGAAAUUACAGAUCGUCCUCUACCGUGUGGUUCAACAUGACGAAGAGGAGGAAGUCAAGAAGAAGACAAUCGAGGACAGCCCAAGACAUUGGAAGUCCAAAAAGUUUUGCUGCUGCCCUCUGUGGUUCCUCUGCCUGGUCAUCCUUGUGGUAGUAACCAUCAUCCUGGCAGUCCUGUCGACUUUCGGCCUUCCCGAGCUGAAACCAGGGGCGGCUCUGAAUGGAACAACCACCCAGGUGGGUGUGAUUGAGGGCCUGGCCAUCGCCGCCAUAGGAGUCCCUGCAGCAAGCGCGUUGAGGUUCGCCUUCCUGAUGGUCAAGAACCUCAUCUUGAACCCGGAUCUGAAGAUCAGGAAGGGAAUGGACAACGAACGCAUCAGCAACCAGCUGGGCUUCAUGGACGAGGUGAGGAAGGAGAUGUGGUUCCUCUCCCAAUUCAUCCGGUUCAUGGAGGUGUUUGAGCGGAGACGGAUCCGUGUGGUGCUGAAGGUCACCAACCUGGACCGCUGCUCCCCCAAGAAAAUAGUCGCUGUUCUGGAUGCCAUCAACAUUCUGCUCUCCGACGAGGAGAGUCCUUACAUUUCCAUCCUCGCCGUCGACCCAGAUGUCCUCGUGCAGAAGGUGAACUUUGCGGACGGCUGCUUCAGCAAAGAAGACCGAGCGUACGCCAUGUUGAGCCGCAUCGUGACGCUGGCGUUCACUGUCCCACCACUGUGCGACGACUCAAAGCGCACUCUAUUCCACAGCCUCACUAGCAUGUCGAAAGAACCAGAGAGCUUAAUCACAAGCAAAGGUAAACGUGGAACUGGGAGCCUCAAACAUACACGUUGCUGUGUGGAGAUUGCAUUUGACCCUGAAGAGUCCUAUGAACUGAUGGACAGGGACGCAGCUGCGCCGGAUGCAAACGAGGAGGAAGUGGAGGAGUCGGUCAGGAGCGUCCUGACCAGCGGCAAGAGGAAUCUGAACGAGUACAUGGUCGAGGAUGCCAUGUCCAUGAGGAGGGAGAUCAACUCCAUCCGAAUGACUGUGAUCAUUAUGAAGGCCUUGAAGAAGGAGCUUCCGCCAGCAGACCACAUCGCAGCGUGGGUGGUCCUGGCCAAUCAGUGGCCCUGCCGCCUCAGCUGGAUCAUCCAGUGUGUGGAAGACGCUCAGCAGAGAGCAGCCAUUGACCUUAACGACGAGGUCGACGCGGCUGAUCCAAAGACUUUGUGGGAAGUCUUCAGUGAGUCCAGGGCUGAGCUGUAUGUGAUGAGUGCACAGAUUGAGGACCUCCUCGAGCAAGACGGAGACCCUGAGAUGUUUGAAAGAUUUCUCAAGAUGGAUUUCCGAUUCACGGUACAGGACUUGAAAACCUUUGAAGAGGCGACGGUGAACCUGGACCGCUCGAUUAGGACACAGCUGGCUCAGCUCAGAGGGACCGCCAGGCUGAAAGAUUCUGGCUGGAUGAGGAACCUCGCUCCUCUACCAAUCACAACUAUCAUCAAUAUGGAUAAAGAGGAUGUGUGCAAAGAGUUGGCAAGAAUGGAAUUUGCCAGUAAGUACAUUGAUGUUGUGAGAAGCAAAGACCUCAACGGCCUGGCCCUGAUCUUUGGGGAUGCAGAUGACCUUAAAGACAUCCUAGGUAUGACCUUAGGUGAAUGGGCUACUUUUAGACUGCACUUCCUGGGUCUACCAUCACAUCUCCGACCCCAACAUAAGAAAAUGGCAGUGACACCAUUACAUUCUCAGAACCAGCGGUCGAGAUUUCAUCUCCAUGCUCCCAGUUAGCACUCGUCUACUGCAGAGAUAAAUGUUUUAAUCAAAUGCAGCCAUUAUUUACAUUACAAAAAAAAAAAAAAAACCUGCCCUUUUUUGCUAUGACAAGUCAGACUGUCUGCUGAGAGAAACACAAUAGGAUCCCAGUGAUAAAAAGCUGUGCAAGAUGUUAUUCAAACAAAACAUAAGAAAUACUUUGCUUUUUAAAUCCUGGUCAUAGGUUGCACAACUGUUAAAUAUUUUGUGCAAAUCCAGCUUGUGGAGAUUCCUAUGAUGUGUAUUUGGUGUCUGAGGGAUUGAAAUUCACUGUGAUGUGUUAGGGAGUACUACCUGUAUUGAUAUAGCGGAAAAUAUUGUACUCUAUUUCAUGCAAUAAAAUAACCAUUUUGACUAAUGCAAAACAUGCAAGUGUGCCACAAGAAAAUUGAGCUAUUAUUGUGUAUCACAACUCAUUUUUUCUAAAUACUUUUGGAAGUUUACAAACCGCGGAGCAAUAUGCUGACUCAUUAAUGAUAUUCUUACAUCAAAGGGUUUGCGUGUUAAAUGAUCAGCUGAAAGUUCAUUUCAUCGUUAUUCCUUUGAACUAUUUCCCCCAUAGUUGCAAACAUUACUUUUGCCUGAAAAUAUGAGGCUGACAAUCCCAGGGCAUUUACUGUAGAGGCAAUAACAUUCCACUGACAUCAGACAGUAACAUACAGUAAGCAUAUUUUGUUUA